AUGCACCUGAUCGGGUGCGCCGUGGGAGCCCUCGCCCAGUUUCUACAUGUGCUUGCCAUCAUGAUCACGUUCAUUGUGUACGCGGCUGUGAAUGGCAGUCUUGAUCCAGCGGUUGUAUCUUCGUCCUUGGCGAUGCUGUACGUGCUGCGCGUCCCGAGGAAUUGGUUGCCCGUAUCCUUGAGCCUUGCUGCCGACGCAUUCCAAUCGAUCAAGAGGAUCGAGGACUUCCUGCUUGCUGAAGAAGUACAAGUGCAGACAGUUCCAGACAUCACUCUUGCUCCAGCUGUCAAACUCAGCAAUGCAUCCUUCACGUGGGAGAGCCUACCAGCGAACGAGGAGGGUAAAUCACGAAAGGAUGAAGAGAAGAAGAAUCGCAUGUCGAGAGCUAUGAGAAGACAACGAGCGGGACAUGAAAAGAAGGGGAUCCAAACUUCGGGUACAGAAGUCCGCCCAGUCCAGGAUAGUGACGUGCCGUUCUCGCUGAACGCUAUCUCCUUGGUAUGCCAGAAAGGCGAGCUGGCCGGUAUCAUCGGAAGCGUUAGAUCCGGCAAGACGCCCCUUCUUAGUGCUCUUGCAGGAGAUAUAAGGCAGACUGGGGGCAUUUUGCAGUUUGCCGCUGACAGGGCGUACUGCGCCCAGUAUGCUUGGAUUCAAAAUGCCAGCGUGCGAGACAACAUCACGUUUGGAAAGCCAUUCAACCAGCAGUUUUAUUCCGAUGUGGUACACGCCUGCGCUCUGUUGCCGGACUUUGAACUCCUGCCACAUGGCGAUAUGACAGAGAUUGGUGAGAGAGGUGUAACCCUGUCGUGGGGGCAAAAGCAACGCAUUAACAUCGCCUGCGCGAUAUACUCUGACGCUGGCAUCGUACUACUCGACGAUCCGCUUUCAGCUGUUGAUGUGCACGUAGGUACACAUAUCUUUAACGAGGUUAUCUGCGGUUUGCUCAAGGACAAUGCCGGUCCCUAG